CAGGGUAGAAGAUAGCCCUCAUGCGUGUCCUAGAUGGCACAGUCCUUGAUGGCAUAGUGUGGUGCUUAUAAUACCAAAUUAUACUGGAAUUACCCAAUAAAGCUGGAAACAAGAAAAAUGAACAGGAAAAAGUAGAGCGUGAAAGCCCAAAGUAUCCAACAAUGAUUAUUCCAAUCCGAUGCUUCACCUGUGGGAAGAUUGUUGGGAAUAAGUGGGAGGCGUACCUCGGCCUGCUUCAAGCUGAGUAUACAGAAGGUGAUGCCCUUGAUGCCCUGGGCCUGAAGAGAUACUGCUGUCGGAGGAUGCUCCUUGCUCAUGUAGAUCUUAUUGAGAAGCUGUUGAACUAUGCUCCCCUGGAGAAGUGAACGUUACUGGUCACCAUCAUCAUGUUCAGGAACUGUCACACUGACUUAAUGGGCAUGCUGACUGCCUCCACACUAGACUUGCAAGACUGGCAUAUGAUGCUGCAGAGAUGAAGUGGCGAUCAUGAAGAAUUCUCCAACAUGUUAGGUUUAUUAUGUUUUUCUGAAUAAAACUGCAAAAAUCAUAA